GCGAUUAGUCCGUGCUAGAUCGACAAGCAGACCGUUUAUACUUAUCUUCCCCGCCAUGAUUGGAUACCUACAAGAACUCCUUAGCCGCACUCCGCCGGAUCCUGUGCGGCUUCCUUUGACCAACAGCCAUGGGACCGUUUUGGCCAUUCUCAUUAGCUAUUUGCUGCUGGUGAAAGUCGUGGGUCCAAAGCUCAUGGAAAGUAGAAAGCCCUUUGAUUUGCGCGGAGUGAUUAAAGUCUACAAUAUUGUACAAAUCAUAUACAACGUGAUUUUGUGUGCAUGUUCCGCUUUCUUGAUGCUUGGACCUGGAAACUACAACUUCAACUGCAUCGAGAACCUACCUUUGGAUCACGAGUGGAAGAACUUUGAGCGGUGGACCAGCUAUGCGUACUACUUCAACAAGUACAUGGAUCUCCUGGAGACGUUCUUCUUUGUCCUGCGAAAGAAGAACCAGCAGAUCUCCUUCUUGCACGUCUUCCACCACGUUAUAAUGGUGUUCUUGUGCUAUUGGUACCUGUUCCAGUAUGGCUAUGGAGGCCAUGGCUUCUUUAUGAUCUCUCUAAAUGUGGUUGUUCAUAUUAUGAUGUAUGCGUAUUACUAUCAGUCAUCCCUCAACCCGUCAGUGCGAGCGAAUCUCUGGUGGAAGAAGUACAUGACCAUCAUCCAACUGGUCCAGUUCGGGAUCGUUCUGUCGCACAGCACUUAUAUCCUCAGACGAGGCGAGUGUACCGCAUUAACUACAACUGCAAGGGCGGGAACCAUUUUCUCGACUAUAUUUAUAAUACUAUUCCUCAACUUUUACAUUCGCGCCUACGUACUUCCCAAGAAAAAAGUCGUUCAAAAGACGUCUAAGUAGAUGAGAAGAUGCAGAUUAUUAAGAAUCUGAAUACCAAUCGUAUACAGAGUAUCAAAGUUCGUUUUAAAAACAAAUAAAUUAAAAAUAUAAGCCUUAA